AGUCAAACAUUGACCGCAGUCUAAUGUAAAUACAUUAAUUUAUGUUCCCGGAAUACUAUCAAAACCGCAGUGUCCGCGCGAGUGUGUAACGUCAUUUAGUCCAACAAAAAAAAAGUAUUUGGACAAUGGUCGGAUAGACUGCGGAACUGUCAGGAAAAUAUCUUUGUGAAGAAUUGUUUGUAUUUUCCGGCGAUUUUUUUAGAAACUAAAGGUAGCAAUGUCGUGUUUGACAAGAAAUGUGCGUAAUUUUGCUCGGGGCGCGAGCUACCUGAGGUCCUUGACCACAAAACCAGCAUUUGUAACCUCACUCAAGCUGAACCGCCAGCAUUUAGCGCCCGCGAACAACCUUUCAGUAGUCACAGCGACACAGAGACUCAUAACGCCUCAUGAGCGAAGUUACAGUUCCAAACCCCCGCUGUCGUUAAAACUUAUCUCCGACCGGGUGCUUUUAGUCUUAAAACUGUACGACAAAGUAAAUCCUGACAAGUUGUCCUUGGAUUCUCAUUUUAUUAAUGACUUAGGAUUAGAUUCUCUCGACCAUGUAGAAGUAAUAAUGGCCAUAGAGGAUGAGUUUGGUUUUGAAAUACCAGACGUUGAUGCUGAAAAACUUCUUAAACCAUCUGAUAUCGUAAGGUAUGUUGCAGAUAAAGAGGAUGUUUAUGAAUAAACUGUUUAGUUUGAUAUUUAGCUUAAAAUUAAGAGUGUGUUUGCAAUGACUACACUAAGCAAAAAAAAAAGCGGAAAAUGUAAACUAGUACAUUUGAAUUUAUAUAUAAAUUGUAUUAAUUUGUUUUGUUAAAUAAAGUUUCCCAGAACAUUUGU